GUAGACAGGACUGCAGGUUACUCAUGAUCGUCAUGAUAUGCUUGCACGCAUGCAGCCGGCUCGAUGCAUGCCAAGGCGCACGUCCAAACAAAUUUUGGCUCAAGCCGCUUUGGCUCUAUGGCGUCCGCGGCUGCGAACCAAUGGCGUGCUGGGAGGUUACUGGCGGCGUGGACAGAGGUGGAAUCAUCGUGCGAGAGGGCCAGGCGUUCGGCUCCCAGAAGGCGCCAGAGCGACUGCGCACAGGCGCCGUCGUGAGGGAGCUGGCCGUGGAAGACGGGCGGCUGCAGUACGAGCUGGUGCAGGGCAGCGGACCUGCGACGGGCUGGGUGAGCGUGGCGCUCGGCGGCAGGCAGCUGCUGCAGCCCGUCCUGGACGAGCUCCCAUCGCCCGUAGAGGUAGCAACGUUGGAUCCAGUUCUUCCUCUGCAGGCGUCGAAGUGGGUGGCGAAGUACAAGCACCAACCCACGGCCGUGUGUCGCCUCUUGUGCGCCUUCGGCGCGGGCGCGGACGCGUCCAGCUACGAUCACUGGAACGCGCUGGUCGCCGCCGAUUUCCCGGACAUUGAGCUCGUGCUUCUGCAGCUGCCCGGCCGGGGGCAGCUCUGGCAGGAGCCGCUGCAGCGGCGGACCCGGGCGGCCGCCGAGCUGAUCGUCGAGGAGCUCCAGCGCAUCGAGGGCGGCGCGGCUGCGGCUCCGACCGCGCUGCUGGGCUUCUCCAUGGGGGCCGCCGUCGCGUACGAGGUGGAGCUGCGCCUCGAAGCGCUGGGCCGUCGGGCGCUGUGCCUGUACGUGGCCGGCAGGGGCGGGCCCGGCAUCAGCUACAGGCACCCGGAGGAGGCGAGGGCCCUCGCGAAGGCGCCAGAGGAGUACGUGCGCUUCUUCGCCACGACCUUCUGCCCGCCGGACGUCGCGGCGAAGCUGCUGAGGCUGGCCGCCGCGCCCGAGGAGGGCGGCAACAUGCUGCGGCGCCUGCGGGACAACUACAGGGCCGACCUGGAGUUGGGGAACCCCUUCCCGGAAGAUGGGGCGCCCUCUCCCGUGCCAGUCUCGUGCGGCGUCCACGUGGUGGUCUCGCGCAGGGACACCGUGUGGCCCGCCGAGGCCAGCGCCGAGAGGUCGGUGGCGUGCACGCCCGCGUACGGCGACAUCGUCGAGACCUGGCGGGAGUGGACCACGCGGCGCCUCGCGCGCACCGUAAUAUUUGACGACCUCGAGCACCACGAGCUCUGCGGAGAGCGGCUGCUACGAGCGGUGUGCGGAGACGUGUUGCAGGUUCUCUCGGAGACGGUCUCAGCUCCCGCGGCGCCGAGCAAAAAACGAUCUCGUCAACGCCCCCCAAUGGCGAUGUGAUGGGCCACUAGAUGACGAAGCGAUGUUGAGCCCUCCUCCUCGAGCCUCCCCCUACUCC